AUGAUGUAUCCUUCAAGGUUGACGUGUUUUAGAAGUUAUAAGAUAUACUGUAAUAAGGAUUGUUUAUUUGUAAUAGGUAUAAAUAAGAAAGAGAAUGUUUAUGAAGUAAGUUCUUUGAAGAGAAGGAGUAAGAAGAUUGAGAUUGUAGAACACUUUGAAUUAUAUAUGAAGAAAGAUUAUUGUAAUUAUAUAAUAAGAAAGAAAUUAGAAUAUAUAUGUAAAUGUGAAGGAAUAUUUGGAUGUAUUCGUUUUUUGAAUUAUCCUUAUUUAUAUGUAUUAAUUAAGAAAGAGAAAGUGGGAAUAUUGUUUAAUGAACAUAAAGUAUAUAAUGUAAAAAAUAUUUUAUUAAUACCAUUUGUUGAAGAUAUAUUUGAUAAUUAUAAUGAAGAGAAUGAAUUAAUAGAUUUAUUUUAUAAUAAUAUAAAUCAUAAAUAUAUAUAUUUUUCAUAUACAUAUAAUUUAACUUCAAGUGUGCAAGAAAAUUAUUUUAUUCAAAAAAAUUAUAUGAAAGGAGGACAUGAAGAAUAUAAAAAGAAUCCAUAUAUAUGGAAUUCAUAUCAUAAUAAAUAUUUUAUAAAAAAAAAUAUUUUCUUAUGUUUAUUUGUAAUAAAUGGUUAUUUUAUUCAAUCUAAAUUUGUAUGUUCAGGAAAAAUUAUUGAUAUUAGUUUGAUAGGUAGAAGAAGUAAUAAAUAUGCAGGUACUCGAUAUAGAAAACGAGGUCUAAAUUCUUUUGGUUAUUCAGCUAAUGAUGUUGAAUCUGAGAUUAUUUUAUUUGAAAAAAAUAAUUCUCAUGUUAUCUUAUCAUAUACACAAUUAAGAGGUUCUGUUCCUAUAUUCUGGAAUCAACAAUUGAAUUAUAAAAUUUUAAAAAAACCGCAAAUAAAUUUUAUAAAAACAGAUAUUAAUUAUUCAUGUACACAAAAACAUUUUGAAAUGUUAUAUGAAAAAUAUGGAUAUCCUAUAACAGUUGUUAAUUUAUUAAGUAAGAAAAAAUAUAGUGAUGAACAAAAAUUAUCAUAUCAAUAUAAACUAUCAAUUGAUACACUUAAUAAAGAUAUACCUAAAAAAAUACAUAUUAUAUAUAAACAUUUAGAUUUAAGAAAAGCUUAUAAAAUUGGUAUUAAAUAUACACAAUAUAUUUUAAAAAUGUUAUAUAAUUAUUCUUUAAAUACUAUUGGAUUCUUUUAUAUGCAUAAUAAAAAAGUUGUACUUAUUCAAACAGGUGUUCUUAGAUUUAAUUGUGUUGAUUGUUUAGAUAGAACAAAUGCAGCACAAUUAUUUUUAAACAUCUAUAUGUUUAUUAAAUUCGUAAAAAUUAUAAAAUUAAUCAAAAAAAAUGAUUUGUCUGUUCAAAAUAUAUCACAUAUAUCACAACUAUAUGAAGAAUUAGGUGAUGUUAUAUCAAAACAAUAUGCAGGAUCGACAGCACAUAAAAAGUAUACACCCGGACAGCAUUCUAACUUUUUUAUUCAAUCAAAAGAAUUAUUUACAUCUCUAAAAAGAUAUUAUAUUAGUUCUUUUAAUGAUCUAGAAAAACAAAAAGCAAUUAAUCUAUUCCUAGGUGUUACACAUAAUAAAUUGAAUUGUAUAAAUAAUUCUCAUGAACUUGAUACGUAUGCUCAUAAUAAAUAUUUUAAAAAUUAUGGAAAAAAUAUUUUCUGGUGGGUUCUUCCUCUAGACAAAUUCUAUUACAAGGCACAGACAUUACUAGAUUUAAAAAAUGAGGAUAUUAUUAUAAUAAAUCUUAGAAGAAAAUUAAAAGAAAAAGAAAAAGAAAAAGAAAAAAGAAAAUUAAAAAUUAAAUAUAUGAAGGGUAAAAAAAUGAAAGAAUUUUUAUAUACAUAUAAUAUGAACACUAAGAUGAAUUCACAUAAAUAUAAAGAAAGAAAAAGAGAAAAAAAAAAAAAAAAAAAAAAACAUACACAUCUAAAUAUUUUAGAAGAUUUAUAUAAAAACUGGAAAACAGAAGACGAAUCAAAGAAGAUACUUAAAAUUAAAAGGAGGAGAAAUAUAUUAAGAAGUAUGAAGGAUGUAAAAAUUAAAAACAUAAAAAAACAAGAUUUUAUAUCAAAAAUGUAUGAUAAUUUGAGGUUUUAUAAAUGUUUUAGUAAUACAAAUAUAUUUAAACAUAUAUAUAAUUUUAAUAAUGCAGAGCAGAAUUUUUUAGAUAAAAUGGGUGUUUCUUUGGAGGGUAAUUUAUUCUUUGAUCGUAUGAAUUAUAUAUUUAGCAUGCGUGCUGUAGAUAAUUUUUAUAAGAAAGGGGAGGUCCACGUUGAUAAAAAAAAUGGUGGUGAUAAAACAUAUUGUGAUGAUAAAAAAAAUGGUGGUGAUAAAACAUAUUGUGAUGAUAAUAAAAAUUGUGGUGACAAAUACAAUAUAAAUGACCAUCUUAAUAAUAUACAUUAUAACAAUUCUGUAAAUAACUUAAAUUUAGGUAAUAUAAUCGAUAAUAAUAUAGAAACGAAUCCACGUUCUUUUAUUGUUUUUUUCAAAUAUUUGUCACAUAUAUGUAAUUUUUACAAUGUAUAUAAAAAUAAUUUCCAUUAUUUUUUUAAGAAUAAGAAUAUAUUUCGAUAUAAAAUAUGGAGACUUAUUUCAUGUUAUAAUUAUUUAAAUUAUUUAAAAAUAUAUUUCAAUAUAUUUUUUCUUUUAUAUUAUACUAUAUGUAAUACAUAUAAUAUAAAAUUGAUAUAUAUGAAUCAUAUAAAAGAAUUAAUAUCUUUUACUAAUUCAUUCAAGUGUAAAGAUUUACAAUAUGAAGAAGAUGAUGUAAUUAAAAAAUGUGAUUAUUAUAAUAAAAAGAUAAAGAAAUAUUCUACUAAUUAUAAGAACCAUAUUAAUAAUCAUAUUAUAAUAAAUACUUCUAGCUUUGAAAAUGAUGUAAAACAUCUUGUGGAUCAUUUCAAGAGAUAUAAAAAUAUGCCUAUGUUAAUAGAUAAUUAUAUAAAUUAUUAUCAAAUAAAUAAUAUUCCUUAUAAUUAUAUGUUGAUUAAUAUAUCGUCUAUUAUAUGGGAUAUCAAAAUGAAUGAUAAUAUGAAAAAGAAACUAUCAAGGUAUAAAAUGAAAAAUGGAAUAACAAACAAAAAUAUUACAAAUAUUAAAAAUAUUACAAAUAUUACAAAUAUUAAAAAUAAUAAUAAUCAUAUAUAUAAUAUAUAUAAAUAUAGUAUUUAUAAUUGUAGAACUCAUACUUGUUCUAUAUCCUAUUUAGAUGAUGAUGACGUCCAUAUUUUUAAUAGAUGCAGCAUGUCUGAUGUUUAUAAUUUAUCAGACGUCUAUAAUAUCGUUACUAAGGAAGAUCAAAUAAUAAAUAAUAAUAUGCUAAGUGAUGAAAAAACGAAAAAUUCUCAUAUCUUCAAAAAUUAUAUAAAGAGGAAUAAUAUAUCAGAUAAUUCUUCUGAUAAUAAUAGUAAUUUAAUUAUUUCUAGAAAUGAAAAAAAGAAAAUAUUUUUAAAAAAAAAAAAUAUUAAAAUUGCAUCUAAAUUUUAUAAAUGUCAUAUAUAUAAAAGAUAUAUAAAAGAAAAAAAAGAUGAAAAAUAUAAAAGAGAUAAGAAUUAUAAUAUUUUGCAACUUCCAUAUAUAUACAGUCCAUUUUAUUUUAAUUCCAAAAUGAUAAAGUUUCUUUUAUUUGUUUAUUCAACAUAUUGUUCUUCUGCAAAUGAAAUAAAUUGUAAUAAAAAUAUUAAAUAUAAUAUUUAUAAUAAUUGUAAUAAAUUAAAUAAAUAUCCUAUUGAUUUUUAUUAUCAUUGUAAUAACUCAUAUAAUCAAAUUAAAAAAAUGAUAGAUAUGGAUAAUGAGCUCAUUAAAAAAGAUACAAAUAAUAUACAAAGUUCUAAUAACAUAUAUUAUAACAUUGUGUUUUUUUUUAAAAAAUUAUUUGUAAUUAAAUAUGUAGAUUUAUAUUUUAUUGAAUUAUAUUUAUCAUAUGUAUAUAAGACAAAUUAUUAUAAAGAAUUUGAUGUCUAUUUUUAUCAAAAUAUAAAAUAUCCUUUUUAUAAUAAUAUGAAAAAUAAAAAAUCAGAAGAGAAACUUUUCUUAGAUAAUUAUGAUUCAUUUGAAAAUAUACACAAGAAAAAAAAAGAAGUUUUUCGUAUACAUAAAAAAAUUUAUAAUGAAGUAACAAAUAAUUAUAAUAAUUUAGCUAGGAAAUAUAUAUAUAUAAAAAAAUUUGAAACACAAUAUACUCAAGAAAUGAAUUCAUAUAAAAAAAGAGAUGAACAAAUCAAACAGUUCUUUAAAAAUAAAAUUACUUCUUUUAAUAAUCAAAUGAAUAAUUAUAAUAUCCAUUUUAAUAAUUUUAAACAUUAUAUUAAACAAAAUGAAAAAUAUAAACAAAACAGAAACUAUGAUCAUCUUCAUAAUUUUAAUGUCUUGAAAGAUAAAAUAGAAAACUCAAUGAAUUAUAAUCAGUAUUGCCAUCCAAUUGGAAGGAAAAUAUUUACAACAUAA